AUGACUAAUGGGAAUUUACCCAUACCUAAAAAAUCAUCAUCAGCAGUAAACUCAACUACAACAACAAGAUCUUCCAAUACUUUUAUUGAUGCUGCUAUUAUAUCGAUUGUAGUAAGACUUUUACAAGUUGGUAUAUCAUUUAUUUUAAGUUUAAUAGUUCCAUUUCCUGAAUCAUUAUCAAUUCCAUCCGAUUCAGACUUUUAUCGAGCCAUUAAUAAUCAAUCAACUACCACCUCCACCACCACCACCACCGCAAGAACAACAAAAUCAAAUAAAUCAAAUAAAAGAAAGAAACAAAAUUUAAAUUUAUUUCCUUCAAUUCAAAAUCAAGAAGUUAAACAACUUGAACAAUUUGUAGAAGAAGAAUUUAGUGAUGAAGAAAUUACUAUACCUCAACCAUGUUCAACUGGAUUAACCACAAGAUUAUUACCUUUUAAAAAUGAAAAGGGAGAAAUUGAAUGGGCAUUUACUGAAGAUGUAGUACCAGGAAAUGAAUUAGAAGCUUUUAAAAUUAAUAAUUUUAAUAAGCAAACUAAACAACAAUUACCGGAAGAAAUUAAAAUUAAAAAAGAUGAAGAAGAAGUAAAUUUAUCACCAACUGUAUCAAAUUCUUCAAAUAAUGAAUCAAUUUUAUCUAAUUCUAAAAAGGAUAAUCAAUUAAAUUCAGUUUCAACUCCAUUAACUUCUCAUCAUUCUUCACCUUUUACUCCCGAUAAAAAAUUAUUAUCUCAUUCAUCAUCUUCAGAAAAUCUUGCUGAUGAAGAUUCAGAAGAAUUAGAUGAUGAAGCUGAAGGUCAAGUUGAUGGAGAUGAUGAAAAUAAAACUCAUCAAUGUCCUCAUUGUGAAGCAGUAUUUAAAAUUAGAGGUUAUUUAACUCGUCAUUUAAAGAAACAUGCUAUUAAAAAGGCUUAUUCAUGUCCUUUUCAUAGUUUUAGUAUUUAUAUUGAUGAAAAUAAUAUUACUCAUAAAUGUCAUCCAAAUGGAGGAUUUUCAAGAAGAGAUACUUAUAAAACUCAUUUAAAAUCAAGACACUUUAAAUAUCCAAAAGGAGUUAAAACAAAGGAUAGAUCAAGUUCUGGAGGAAGUUGUUCAAUGUGUGGAGAAUAUUUUCCUAAUGCAGAAAUUUGGUGUGAAUUACACGUUGAAGGAGGUGAAUGUAGUUAUUUACCAGCUGGAUUUAAAGGUAAAUCAAGAAUUAAAAAUAAAUUAAAGAAGAGAUUAUCUAAAAAGCAACAAAAGGAAUUAGAUGCAUCUAAUUUAACUAAUCAAGUAUUACAUUCAACUUAUAUUGCCGGAAGUAUUGAUCCAACAACAAAUACAAUUAUUGGAAAUCCAACUUUACCUGAAGUUGUAUCAACUCCAUUUGUUGAUACUCCUCAUUCUUCAUCAGGAACUCCAGGUGGUCCAUCUAAUUUACCUUAUGAAUAUCAUAGUCAAAGAUCUCAAUCACCAGUUCCUUCAUUAACAUCAUCAAUAAGUAAUUAUCAUAGUUCAGGAAAUUUAACUGCAACUAAUUCAAUAAUUAAUGGUAAUACUCCAGUAUCAACUAAAUCUCCUAUAAAUUAUUCACAAAUAUUACAAGCACAAGUUCAAAAUCAACAAUAUCCAAGAAUUUCAAAUACUCCAAUAUUUGAACAAUUUGAACGUCCUAUAAGACCUAAUCAAAAGAAAGUUGAAGAUUAUGAUGAUGAAUAUUGUUUAGAUAUUGAUCAAUUAAAUAAUGCCACAUUUAAUAAUUAUAAUGAAAUUCUUCAUUAUUUUAAGAACUCUCAACCACAACCACAAUCACAAUCGCAACCAUCUCAAGAAAGUUAUUCACAUUCUUAUAAUCCUCAAGUAUCACAUUUUAAACAUCAUCCUCAUCAACAACAUCAACAACAAAUGUUCUUCAAUAAUGGAUUUUCUCAAUAA